ACGCUGGCCGAGUAGGGGCGAGAAGCCACCCCGCCUCUCCAAAAGCGUCCACCCCAGUUUAGUUCUCUUUGCUGGACUCAUACGAAGAAGCUUGGAAGCAAGUAGAAGAAGAGAAUAAGAAGGGAGAGGAAGAGAAGGAUUGGACUGGAGAGUUUGAGGUUAAGGAGUUCUUUGGAGAAUGGCGAGCCUUUUGGUCCCGGGGAGGGAUGAGUAUGGCUUGGGGUUGGAGGAGACUGAGCUGCGCCUGGGGUUGCCGGGUGGCGGAGGAGGAAAGAGGGGCUUCUCGGAGACGAUCGACUUGAAGCUAAAGCUUCAGACAGUGGCUGACUCGAAGGAGGUGGUGAUGGAGGUGUCGGAGAAGAUGAAGAGGUCGCCAAGCCAUAAGAACAUCCUUCCUUGCACCAAUGACCCUGAGAAGCCCCCAGCUCCCAAGGCGCAGGUGGUGGGUUGGCCACCAGUCCGAUCGUUUAGGAAGAACAUGAUGGCCACCCACUCCGACAAGGGAAGCAAAGAAGGAGGGGAGAAGUUCAGCAACUCGGCGGCUCUCGUGAAGGUCAGCAUGGAUGGCGCACCUUACCUUCGCAAGGUGGACCUCAAAAUAUACAGCAGCUACAAGGAGCUCUCCAUGGCCUUGGAGAAGAUGUUCAGCUCCUUCACCAGUGGGAACUGUGGCUCUCAAGGAAUGAAUGGAAGGGAUUUCAUGAAUGAAAACAAGCUAAUGGAUCUCUUGAACGGUUCUGAGUAUGUGCCCACCUAUGAAGACAAAGACGGUGACUGGAUGCUCGUCGGCGAUGUCCCAUGGGAGAUGUUCGUUGAUUCGUGCAAGCGCCUGCGGAUGAUGAAAGGAUCGGAAGCCAUUGGACUCGUCAUCUAUGAAUCCAACUUCACGUUUAAAUUAAAGUGCUUUCAUUCACUCUUGAAUAAUUCAGCACCGAGAGCCAUGGAGAAAUGCAAGAAUAGAAGCUGAGAAGCAGAACUGAUGACCUUGGCCAGUGAGUUGGGUGUGUCAUAUUUUCAUAUAUAUGUAAUAUAUAAAUAUGUCAGCAUAAAAGAAAUGGGAUAUGUUUAUAUUUGUUUCAUGGACAUGUUACCUCUUAAGACCAGCUUUGUCUACAUUGUUUAUUAUGGUGUGUUUAAUAUCCUGUUACAUGUUACUAUUGCAUCUGAAAUGUGCUUUUAUUCCUUUGGUUAAACUGGAAUUCUAUAAUGAGAUUCUUUGCA